AUGGCCGACAAAGUUGUGGUCCCCUUUGUGUAUUUCAUUCGCCAACUCUCCGGCGAUAGCAUGCAGAGCGCCACUUCUGAGAAGGCCAUCUCUCCUGAAAGUCUCCUCGUCGCUCUCCACGACCAUGGAAGGGUCAACGAUGCCAUUCGCAGGCAACUUCAAGAUACAACCGGGGAAGAGAUUCUCGCCAUCGCGAAGAAGAUCAAAAGACUGCUCGACGUCUGCCUCGUCUUCAUGGCCUGGAUCAUGUUUUUCUUGAAUUCUUUCGACCGGAGCAGUCUUGGAAAUGCGCGAGUGAUGGGCUUGCAACAGGAUUUGAACAUGGAUUCCAAUCAGUACGGCCUCGCCAUGAUGCUGCUUUUCAUUGCAUAUGUAAUGGCCCAGGUGCCCUCAAACUACUACCUGGCAAAGGGACGCCCUUCGAUCUAUCUCCCUGGUGUGAUGGUUCUCUGGGGUUGUGUGUGCACAGCCACCGCUUUCGUGAAGAACGCCUCGCAGUUAUACGCCGUGCGCUUCCUUUUAGGUCUGCUGGAGGCACCAUUCGGCGCCGGCUGCCUGUUCCUCAUCUCGUCCUGGUAUACAAGGACUGAGCUUGGACUACGGAGCGCCAUCGUUUUGACCGCGCCGAUGACGGCGAACGCCUUCUCUGGCCUCAUCGCUUUUGGCAUCUACGACACGAUCGAUGGAGCAAAAGGCCUCGAGGGCUGGCGCUGGCUGUAUAUCGUAGGCGGUGUCAGUACGGUUUUCGUCGCCUGCAUCGCUUUUCACGUCCUUCCGGAUUUCCCGUUCAACACUCGCUACCUGUCCGAGAAAGAGAGCGCAGUUGCUCAACUGCGGCUGAUCGCCGAUGGUGUUCAAAUUGAUGAAAAUGCGGGGGGCCGCUGGCGUGGCCUCGUGAUGGCCGUCAGCUGCUGGCAGGUCUGGGUUUUUGCAGGGAUGUUCUUGCUUUUGACGAUCGGCGCGUCGGUACACAACUUCUUUCCCUCCGUCGUCAAUACCCUUGGUUUUUCCCGAACCACGACCCUGUGGAUGACAGCGCCCCCAUAUCUUGUUGGGGUUGUCGUCACCAUCGCCCACAGUCUGUUCGCCGACCGGCAUCGAAACGCUUCUUUCCAUGUUAUUGGGCCGGCCGCGCUGGCAACGCUCGGUUUCUUGCUGUUCUUGCUCGACCAAACGUCCGCACGACGUGGCGUGUGGGUCCGCUAUGCUGCAACUUUCCUGAUGAUUGUGGGCUCCCAUUCUGGGUAUCCGGUCGUUCUCUCUUGGGCACAGAAGACGAUACGCCGACCUAGAGAGAUGCGAGCUUGCGCCAUCGCCAUCGUCAAUGCCUCAGGAAGCAUAUCACAGAUCAUAACUUCCGAAUUGUAUCCGAACCGAUGGGCGCCAAGGUAUGUCCAGUCAAUGUCCCUGAAUACGUCGUGCGCGCUAGGAGCGAUAUUACUUGCGAUCUUUAUGCGUACGAUGCUACGACGUCAGAACAAGAGACUGGACAGAGAAGAAGCAGCUGCCAACGGUGCGAGACAGGACUUCCCAGGUACAGAUGCGGCGCGGCAGGCGGCAGGACCUUCGUGGAGGUACAUCACUUGA